AUGUUCAAUGUAUGCGAGAGACCAUUGACGGUUAAUAAUGAAGGGUAUCCCAGUGGAAGUGAAGGUUUAACAAAUUGUGAAGUCGAAAAUGAAUUUCUGUAUGCAUCUGGUACAUUACCAUGCCAUCGAGACACUAAUUGUAUCGAAAUUACAGUCAAAAUUGGAGCUGCUGAAAUAGUUGACAACAUUCAGUUAUCUAUCGGAUAG